GCUCGAUGACGAUGAGCUACGACGACCUCCGAGCGCUGACGCCGGCCGACGCCUUCGACUACUUCAACUACGGCGAAUGGACCAUCUCGCCCAUGGAGAUCCAGCGCACGUACUGCCUCCAGGCCAACGACGACGACGGCCUUGGGCCGGGGCUCUGGGUGCUGCGGAAGAUCGCCGAGGUCGGCCAGCCCCCGAUCAAGGCCGUGCCGACGGCGUUCAGCAAGGACACCACGGUCGAGAUCGCAACGCGCAUUUCGCAUGCGCCGCGCCCGUGCACUGCACCCGUCGUCGUGUCGCCAAGCGCAGUCGAUCCAUCGAGCGGCAGCGACGACGCCUACGAGUUUGACGGCGACGAGUGUGGCAUGGAGGACGACAUGGAAGCGUUUAUGGAGAUCAGCGAAGCAGCACCGGCGCCUCUGUUUGCUGCGUCACCGCCUGCUCCGACGGCAGCAGCGUCGGUCCAAUCGACGCCUGUCAAGGCAAGCCUGCCACCGCGCACGAACGGUAUCUCGCCCACCCAGGCCAGCAGCAAAAUGGCAUUGCAUCGCCCGAACAAGCGACCUCUCGACCUCUCCACGUCCUUGCAGCUCCUUCCGCCGACUCCGCUGAAAGUGGACGACGAGAUGCUGACCGUCGAAGUGGCGCGUGCGCACAUGGAGCCGCUCGUGCACCCGCCGCUCGACCUCGACAGUGGGUUUCCCUCGACAGCAAAAUCCACGACGCCUCUGUGGACCCGCCUCCGCUCGGGCUUUGAUAACAUGCUAACCGACGGGUGGAGCUGCCCGGCGCCUUUGACGACCGUUGACGAAGACACCAUGUACUGCGACAUGGACGACGUGCCUCUCGAUGUGACCAUGGAGCUCGAGACCACGUCUGUCCCCGAGGUGCCGGCGGCCAAGGCACCAAAGCGACGAAAGACCGCCGUGACGACGACGACGCCGCGCCGCGUGACUCGCAGCCAGACAAAGCUCAAGCUGGAGCGCAAGGGCAUUUUCGAAGCCAAUAUGCUCGAGCACCGCCGCACUUCGACCGACCCGCCGCGCCAAUGGCAACGGUGGCAGUCGUGCGGCCAUCUCCACAGCACGGGCAGCGCGUGCUGUGAUCACCACCAACCGUAGCGGGCUUGUCGUGAACUAAUCUUAUGUAACUCGAAGGAAAUGUACUCUAUCUCUGCUGAACACUCU